CCCCGGAGAUAAACGGAGUGACCGACUCCUCCCAGCAGUCCCCCUGCACUCCCCAUGCUGCUGUGCUCUCACUGUUACUGGAAUAAAUGUGCUGUCUAGCUGUGGAGGACGGGGCUGGGGAACGUUCCAGAACCCACACAGGAUGUCGUGGUUCAGUGGCUUCCUAGUGGCCAGAGUGGACGAUCGCAAGACGGCGUGGGGGGAGCGCAAUGGCAAGAAGUCCAAGCGAAAAGGCGGCUCUUCGCUCUGCAACCCACGCUACAUGAGCUGCCUGCGGGACGCUGAGACCAUGGAGCCGCCCCCCCAGGCCCCCCAGCACCCCCACCACCACCACCAUGGGGGAGGGGUCGGGAGUGGGGGUGGGGGCAACUUCGGCGUGCGCUGCGGCUGGCAGGAGGAUCACUACGGCAAAAAGGGCGGGGGCGGGGGGGAGGUCGGGCUGAAAUCCGUGGACCUGGGUUUCGAGGACGGGGACCUGAAGGGGAGCAAGGGGGGCUCGCGGGACGGGGGCGAGGACGGGACCGGUGGCAGCGGAGGCGGCGGUGGGAGGCUGACAGCCGCAGACUUCUGGCCGCGGGUGGUGCGGGUGUUCCAGUCCAAGAAGUUCCAGUCAGGCAAGCUGGAGCGGCUGUACCAGCGCUACUUUUUCCGGCUCAACCAGAGCUCCCUGACCAUGCUGAUGGGCGUGCUGGUGAUCGUCUGCGGCGUCAUGCUCACCUUCCACUGCGUGCACGGCCCACCCAUCGUGGCCUACGCCUCCGUGCUCUCGGUGGCUAUGGCCCUCUUCCUGGCCCUGAUGGUGGUCUGCAACCGCAACGGCUUCCACCAGGACUACAUGUGGAUCGUCAGCUACUUGGUCAUCGGCGUGCUCUUCGUGGUGCAGGUGUUCGGCGUGCUUAUGGUGGCCCCCCGCAGCGCCUCAGAGGGCAUCUGGUGGUCAGUCUUCUUCAUCUACAUCAUCUACACGCUGCUGCCAGUGCGCAUGAGGGCGGCCGUUCUGAGCGGGGUCAUCCUCUCCUCCAUCCACCUCGUCACCGCCUGGAGGCUCAACCUGGAGGACAGCUUCCUCUGGAAGCAGCUGAGUGCCAAUGUGCUGAUCUUCCUGUGCACCAACAUCAUUGGGAUCUGCACACAUUAUCCAGCAGAGGUGUCUCAGAGACAGGCCUUCCAGGAGACCAGGGGCUACAUUCAGGCACGGCUGCACCUUCAGAGGGAGAACCAGCAACAGGAACGCCUGCUGCUGUCUGUGUUGCCAACACACGUUGCCAUGGAGAUGAAGGCUGACAUCAAUGCCAAGAAAGAAGACAUGAUGUUCCACAAGAUCUACAUCCAGAAACAUGACAAUGUCAGCAUCCUGUUUGCAGACAUUGAGGGCUUCACCAGCCUGGCUUCGCAGUGCACUGCUCAGGAGCUGGUCAUGACACUAAAUGAACUCUUCGCCCGAUUUGACAAGCUGGCGUCGGAAAACCACUGUCUGCGGAUCAAGAUCCUGGGUGACUGUUACUACUGCGUGUCAGGGCUCCCAGAGCCCAGGGCCGACCACGCCCACUGCUGCGUAGAGAUGGGGGUGGACAUGAUCGAGGCCAUCUCGCUGGUGCGUGAGGUCACAGGGGUCAACGUGAACAUGCGCGUCGGGAUACACAGCGGCCGCGUUCACUGCGGGGUGCUGGGCCUGCGCAAGUGGCAGUUCGACGUCUGGUCCAACGACGUCACACUGGCCAAUCACAUGGAGGCGGGCGGAAAGGCCGGGCGCAUCCAUAUAACCAAAGCCACUCUGCAGUACCUGAAUGGGGACUACGAGGUGGAGCCUGGCUUUGGUGGAGAGAGGAAUGCUUACCUGAAGGAGAACAGUAUCGAGACAUUCCUAGUGCUAGGCUGCAGCCAGAAGAGGAAGGAAGAGAAAGCGAUGAUGGCUAAGAUGCAGCGGAAUCGAGCCAACUCCACUGAGGGGCUGAUGCCACGCUGGGUCCCUGACCGCUCUUUCUCCAGGACCAAGGACUCCAAAGUCUUCAGACAGAUGGGCAUUGAUGAAACCUCCAGCAAAGACAACCGAGGAGCCCAGGAGGCCAUGAACCCUGAGGACGAGGUGGACGAGUUCUUAGGGCGAGCCAUCGACGCUCGCAGCAUUGACCAGCUCCGCAAGGACCACGUCAGGAAGUUCCUGCUCACGUUCCAGACCUCCGACCUGGAGAAGAAGUAUUCCAAGAAGGUGGACGAUGGCUUUGGAGGCUACGUGGCCUGUACCCUCCUGGUCUUCUGUUUCAUCUCCUUCAUCCAGAUCGUUAUUUUCCCACACACCCCUCUAAUGCUGGGCAUUUAUGUCAGCAUAUUCAUCAUCCUUGCCAACAUUCUCUUUAUUUGUGCCAUCUACUCCUGCAUUAAGCUCUUCCCAGCUGCCAUGCAGACUGUGUCGAAGAAGAUCGUUCAGUCCCGCACCAACAGCACUCUGGUGGGAGUCUUCACCAUCGUCCUCGUCUUCAUCGCUGCCUUCAUCAACAUGUUCGCCUGCAACACGGGGAGAUUGUCAGAAUGUGUCGCCGACGUUCUCAACACCUCCGAGCAGGAGGUGACCCCCUGCCUCCUCCACAACCUGUCGCAGUCGGCCGAUGAGGGGCUCGGCCUGUGCCCCGGCCCCGCCCCGCCGUGCCCCUUCCCCGAGUACUUCACCUACAGCGUGCUCCUGACCCUGCUGGCCUGCUCCGUCUUCCUGCAGAUCAGCAGCAUCGGGAAGCUGGGCCUCAUGCUCGCCAUCCAGCUCAUUUUCCUCCUGCUGGUGGAGUGGCCCCAGGUGGCGCUCUUCGACAAUGCCGACCUCUUCGUCACCGUCAACGCCCUAGUUUUCAACGAAACUCUGCAAUGGUCCAGUUUCAAUGAAACUGUAGAGCAGUGCCCGUACAGUGUGACCAAAGUGUCUCUGAAGGUCAUGACCCCCGUGAUCCUCACUGUGUUUGUGUUGGCACUCUACCUGCACGCCCAGCAGGUGGAGUCCACGGCCCGCCUCGACUUUCUGUGGAAACUGCAGGCCACAGAGGAGAAGGAGGAGAUGGAGGAGCUGCAGGCCUACAACCGCCGUCUCCUCCAUAACAUCCUGCCCAAGGACGUGGCCGCCCACUUCCUGGCACGCGAGCGGCGGAACGACGAGCUGUACUACCAGUCUUGCGAGUGCGUGGCCGUCAUGUUCGCCUCCAUCAGCAACUUCUCCGAGUUCUACGUGGAGCUGGAGGCCAACAACGAGGGCGUGGAGUGCCUGCGCCUGCUCAAUGAGAUCAUCGCUGACUUCGACGAGAUCAUCAGCGAGGAAAAAUACAGGCAGCUGGAGAAGAUCAAAACCAUCGGCAGCACCUACAUGGCGGCGUCGGGCCUCAAUGACUCCACCUUCGACAAGGAGGGCCGUACCCACAUCCUGGCGCUGGCCGACUACGCCAUGAGGCUGCGGGAGCAGAUGAAGUACAUCAACGAGCAUUCCUUCAACAACUUCCAGAUGAAGAUCGGUCUGAACAUCGGGCCUGUGGUCGCCGGGGUGAUCGGGGCUCGGAAACCGCAGUAUGACAUCUGGGGGAACACAGUCAACGUGGCCAGCCGCAUGGACAGCACCGGUGUCCCAGAUCGCAUCCAGGUAACCACUGACCUGUACCAGGUGCUAGCGAGCAAAGGCUACCAGCUGGAGUGCCGUGGUGUGGUCAAGGUCAAGGGGAAGGGGGAGAUGACCACCUACUUCCUGAACGACGGCCCUCCCAGCAGUUAGCGGCGGGCUGCACGGUUCCCGCCGCGCAGACGAGACUGAGGCGGGAGAAGGAGGGCGUGGAGCAAACUGCAAAACAAGUAGCGGUGCAAUCACUUGAACAAAAAACACACCACAAAACAACAACGGCAAACAUUAAAAAGACUCAGAGACUCCCUGCUGUCUGAGAAGAGCUUGUGUGGUCACACACGUCAAAAAAGCAAGAUUGUUUGGGUCUCAAGCCCUUCUCCCGAGCUACUUGAAAGAUAAAAAGUCUGUUUAUUUAAUAAAGGCCUUUAGCCUUGGAAGGAAGUUACUGUACAUAAGGCUACCUUUUACUUGUUUUUUGUUUUGUUUCGUUAAUUUCAGGAGAAAUGCGAAUACAGGUACUUCUGUUUCAUUACUAGAUUCCUUAUUUAUUUUAAUCAGGAUGCUUUCUGCAGAGUCCUUUAUGAAAAUGUGUAUUAUAUACAGAAGGACAGUUUACACCAAAGAACAAAAAUAUUUAAAGGAAAAAACACAAGACACGUCUAUUAAUGUCUGAAGUACAUGCAACAAUUCAAUUUGGUAAUUUGUUGAUUUGCUUUUUGGACUUUGAUGUGCAGUAUUUUUUUCUACUCUCCCUCAUCUCCCCCUCCCAAGAUGACCCAGCGAAGUCCGCAUUCUUGGUUUGCACAAAGGCUGUAUUUUUGUUCCUGGCCAUUAACACUAAAUCAUGGAUCAGCUGAUUUUGAUUGACACCCCCUCCCCCCAACUUGAAAAACAGAAGAGAAAACUGACGCCUUGCUUUUCAAACCCAACGGCAGGCCCAGAGGGCCUCCAGCAAGUAGUGAAGAUUGGGGUUGGGUUUCUGCGCUCCCCCUAGGACCUGACUGGCUCUGUCUGCUGCCUGACCAAGACACUCAGUAUUCUAAUGGAAGGCUCUGUUUAUACAUCAUAUCAGUUGUGUUUCUUCUUUUUAAAAGAAGUAUUUUUGGUACAAGAUAAAACUAACAUCAAGAAAGAGAAAGACGUUCAAGAAAUGAAGAAAGCUAAGAAAAUGGAUACCACGGUACCAGACAGUCUGUUAUGGUCUCAUUCUUAUAGAAAGACUUUUUCUAAGGAAGAUAUAAACUAUGACUGAAUACUGUGCUUUAUAAUCUUCAAGGGGCAUAACUCUUUUCACUGUGAGGUUUAUAUAUGUCAAAUUGCUUUCUUGCCAAACCUACUGCUCUAAAGCAUGUCUGAUUGUGGUAUCUUUCUCUUUUUCGUUUGUUUCCAGUUUUAAAGUUGGGUAUUUUUUAUUUCCUCUGUAUUCAUGUUUUAUUAUUUCUAUUAUUGUUGUUAUUAUACUUAUUAUAAUUCCAUUCCAACCGAAAGGAUCAAAGACCAGAGAUCGGAAACGAGUCACAUGUAAGGACAAACUUGAUGGUACCAGCUGGUCAACUGCUAUGAGUAGAAUAGUGUCCAGGUCCCUGAUACCCAGUGUUCCAAGUAGUGGCUAUGAUCACAGUUGUAGUGGUCAUGGCCAAGAACAAUUACUUACAAAGAGGUAAGCAAACCCAAGCUAUCUGUUUCACAUAACCAAGGAGUCAGUCAUUCUCCUCCACCUGCUGCACCUUCUCCAGACUGUGUGGCAGUGCCCCUGCAAUAGCUUUCCUAGUAAAGUGUAUAAUUAGUUCAUAUGUUGAACCCCUUUCUGUCCUUAAUCAGUCACAGCAUCAUUACUGGGUGGGGCUAUUCCUUCAGCCAGUCCUGACAAACAUACAGCAUCAGCUUGCGUUUUCCUUUUUCAAAAUCGCCACGUUUACAUUUGCCUUAAAUGAGCGGAGCAGUCGGGAAUCCCACUCAUCAAACAAAGACGGUGCCUUUCUGCUUCUCUCACUUCGAUCACGCCAGAGAUACUGGAGGCGCUGCCAGGGAAGGGGAGGACAUGGUAGGGUGACAUUAAACAAGGUUUGGAGCUCGCUUGUGCCCUUCAUUCAGGGUUUCCAUCGAAGCGCCUUUGCUUUUUGCCCAGCCCCCUUUCUGCCAGAGGCCUCUUAGCCAAACUGACCCUGAAUCAGAUUGCUACCCAUGACAGUUGAUCAGCUCUGUACAAAGGCCAGCUUGUGCUCGCUUAGCUCUUGGAUCCUCCCAGCAGUGCAGCGCUACGUUGCAGCCAGAAGCUGGAAGGGCGGGCAGGUUAAUGCAUCCGUCUCAGCAUACGGGGAGGGAUGGGUGGCUUUUUUUUGGGAAGGGUUGGGGGGUGUACAUUUAUAAAGCACUAUUCUACUACUGUAUGGAAACACACGGAGCCCCUUGCAUUCAGUGGUGACACCCAGUGCUCCACCAAUCCUGCUUUCCUGUUUCUGAGAAAGGCAAAGGAUGAGCUUUUCGCUUCUGGAGGAGAAAGUGUUAAUUUAAGAAGUGAGAUAAGGUUUUAAAAAAGAAAUGGAAAAGUGACAAAUUUUCCUUUAGAAAAUAAUA